AUGGCUCCAUCUCUUAAGCGAAGCAGUAGGAAAGAUGCCAACGUCCUGCCGAGUGCAUCCUCAACUUUCUGGGCAGUCAUGAUCUUGGUUGGCCUUUUAAUUGCCUACUGCAGUCAGUUGGCUGCAGGUACAUGUGAAAUUGUUACAUUGGACAGAGAUAGCAGUCAGCCUCGAAGAACUAUAGCCCGACAAACAGCUCGUUGUGCAUGUAAAAAAGGACAGAUUGCCGGUACUACAAGGGCAAGACCAGCAUGUGUAGAUGAUAAUCACCCAGUGACCCUCUUUAAGGUGAGCUGUCUCUUCCUAGGCAAGGAGGAGAUUGAGGUCCACCUGAAGGGACGCGCUGAGGAAUUUGCGGAUUUUCUGGAAGACAAAAUUGCUCAACUUCAUUCCCAGUUAGAUGCUGGUGUGGUUGCUGAUCCAGUAGAAGCUCCUGAGGCAGGUUCUUGCCCUGUUAUCUGGGAACAGUUUGACCCUCCUGAGGAAGUGAACAGGAUCCUAGGGA